GAUUGUUGCAAUGAAUGGUUCUCUGAUAUUACUUCCGAAAAAUCAGAGUACAUUAUAGUAGGCCAGAAACCGUGCCUGUCCCAUCGUCGGAGUAAAAGACAUUUCUUACAGAAGCUAUUUUUACGAGAGUUUAAUUUUUUAAUAGUAGUUGCAUGAUGUCUAGAAGCUUGAAAUAAAAAAUUUAAAAAAAGUAUCACGAGCAUGAUGGACAGAAUUAGAAGUUGCGUAUUAAAGAGUAAUAGUAACACUGCGAAAACAAUUAAUUUUUAUAGAUCAGAGGUUGUUUAUCGGCGCACAAUUAUGCUUCAGAAGAAAGACUGUUCGCUACUGUACCUUCCUGGCGACAUUUACCUCUCCUACACGUAAUCCCAAAGUCGGCGUUAGAAGCAGGACACAUUGUAAUGGGAUUGACACAGUGUGGUCAGUUUUUACUUACAUAUACAUAUACUAUGGAUAUGAGUGGCAAUACUUCCUUGUAUAAAUACUUGUUACAUUGGUGGGCUUUUACUCCGAACCAUGUCGCACGUAAGGUGGCAGAGGUGACACUUUUUGGUAACUACACUAUCUACAGAGAACUUAGUAUAGUUAUAUCUCAAUGGCCACUGGAAAGAAGUAAAUUAGUAAUACACGGUCUUUGUACAAACUGGUUGCACUUACAACCUACAGAUAGAGCAUAUUUAACAAUAACCACAGUACCUUCUCUUGAAAAUUGCAAAGAUUGCUUAAAGGUUGCAGCAUCUUACGAAGAAGAAGGCGAAGAGUUAGCAGCAAAUUGGGACGGUUGUGUACGGUGUAACUGUCUUCAACAUGGGCUUACCGUUCAUACCACAUAUGAAGUAAUUUCCCCAUAUCCUAGGUUUCGUGCUACUGUCUGUUUGAAUUAUUGGAAUCAUGUGGUAGUUAACACAGGAAACUUUUUACAUGUACUCAGGGUAGACUUGGACAUUCCAAAAUCGAAAAACCAGAAGACUUGUGAUAAACAGGACACUGUCGUUACCGAUACAGUGCCGUUAGACAUGAGCGAUGUCGAGGAAUUGGAUUACACGAAAGUGGUGGAACGUUACGAAUGUUCGGACGAGAAAUUAUGUACACCCGAGUGCGCGAUCCAGUCCCCGAUAAUCGAACAUGAUUACCUAGAAGAACCAAUUAAAUUAAACGAUAGGUUAAAUCGUGAUUCAUUAAAUACCUCAAUAAUUAAUCAAAGCGAUUGUGUCUGUGAUAUAAAUAAGUCUGCCGACCCUACGACCGUUAAAUCGUGCGAGUGUAUGGACGUUAGCGAAUGUAAAUGUAGGACAGCGAGCCCGAUAUCGCGAACCGAGCAACAAGCAAUAUCAGUUAGGGACAAAAUUUUACAAGAUUUCUGCGAGGACAUGUCUCAAGAACUGAACAUCGGUAGCGAUUUAAUUACGUUAGUGAAACAUCCGUCGUGUUCACCAAGGUCUACACCGCAAAGGCUUCCCUCUGAUCUCAAAGCGAUGACUACAUGGUCUUCGCCGAUUCUCACACCGCCAUCGGACAUUCUGAAAACCCGAAAUUCCGAGUCUAGUCAGAAGAGUAUCCGUACUUUUCAACGUUCAACUUCCCCUCAACCCGGUGCUUCGGAGGAUAACAAUCUAACUUCCGUUAAUUCUCCCCUUCAUUCGGUCUCCGUGAGUCCUUCGUCCUCAUCGCGUUUGAUGUCACCGCCAGUAACACGGUCCUUUCGACACCCGAGCCCGAGGAAACGAUCCAGCUUACACUCCCCACCGCCCAUCGUGAAUUCGACGCAGUCGAGGACGCGACCCACUCAUAAACUGAUCCUCGAAGCGGAGAAAGCGUACGAGUUCACGGACGAGGCGCAGGAAACCUGCGAGAAGCUCAGUUCGUUCAGGAAACGAAGACUCGCCGACAAGAAGUACGAGUUCUGCGACGAAACGGAGGACGCGGAGAACAUAGUUCCUUUCAAACAUAUACGGGAUCAAUUCAAACACCGUGGAUGUUCGAUACACCAGAUACCAUCGUCGCCUACGAUGUCGCCUGCCCUAACCAAUGGUAAAAAACAUUGGGUGGAUUCGGAUCAAAGUGAAACGGAUGAUUUGAAUAUGAGUCAAGAUCAAAAUGGAGUCAAUGAUUUAACAACUGUUGAUUCAACUGAAAAGAAUGUGUUACGACCAUUGAAUCAGAACCAGCUGCCUAAUGGGUGUAUCAGCAGGGAACGUUCUGGGAAACACUGCUUCAAUUCCUCUCCGUUGGUUCCAAAAAUAAAUUUACAAUAUCCCACCAUUAAAUGCACCGCACACUUUAAGAGGAGUUACAUAGAACUUGACGAUGAAAUGAUAUCAGUUAUCACAGAUGUUGAAGAUGAAGAAACAGGAGGAUAUGUAAGUUAUCAAUGCGUGCUUCCUAUGCAUGUCCACGGAUCUGGAUACGUCCAAAUGCAAAUGAUCAGCAACAGUAAAGCUGAAAAAUUGAUAGUACCUUGCGUAUCGAUCAAUCAGUUGAGCUUCGAUAUUGAAACGUUUUCUCAUCACAUAGCUGACUGGAUUUGUAUGAGAUUUAAAAAGAGAUACUGGCACUGUAGCGACUACGACAUCGAAAUAAUAGACGUGUGUGCGCUAAGCGGUGAUAUUAUUUGUUUAUUAAUUAUGAAGAUUCAAGCUAGCGAAAUUAAUAAUCAAACACAGUGUUCCCAAGAGAGGAAGCAGUACGAAGUAGGAUGUAAAUUUACAUGGAAUAUUGAUACAAGCCAGUAUAGAAUAACGGACGUGUUACCAAUGGAGGAGGUGAAACCAGAAUCGUGGAAACCGAAUUGUAUAGACGUUCCAAACUUUCGUACCCCUUUGUGGAAUCCAACUCGACGUCUAGCACCGAAAUUAAGAGAGAAAAUUCAACAACCGUACGCGCAUACAGUGCGAUUUUUACAUAAUGAAAUGACACUGAUGGGCGAAUCUAUAACUAGACUGUACGAUUUGGAUAAUUUAGUUGAAUUUUACAUAACACCAAUGCCAAAUUACCCUUCGAUCGAAUGAAACAAUUGUCGGAUUAACCGCAAAACAAUAAUUUAUUUAUUGUUACAAAUCUAAGAUAGAACGUGUAUAAUGUAAUUGAAUCGUAUUGGAAACAUAAUCCGUACAUAGUUCGCAGUGACUGUACCGGGGAUCGUUAAGUUGAAACGUGAACAACAGAUGUAACUGUUUGCUUUCUUUUCUUUGACAAGACUUACUUUAUGUGUUAAGUACUGCUGCGCGAAUUUCCCGAAACUUAACGAUAUAGAUUAAGGGUACUGAAUAACAAUACAACGAAUAUUACAAGCAUUCGCUUGAAUUUGUAAAUUAUAUUCUAGAAUUAUACACUAACUAUCUAUAUUAUUAUAGACAAACUUUGGUAAUAACCACAUAUAGGUAACUAAGGACUGAUUGUCAGUGAAUGUAUUGUAAUAUGUGGUUAAAAGUAUAAGGGAAAGAAAGAAUAGUGAAAUUUAGUAUUUGGUCCCAAAAGUAACUGGCGAUUGAAAAAGAAAAAAAAAAAAGAAAAAAACAAACAACAACAA